AAAAAGGUGGUGGAGCAGCUGAGGAAGGAGCUGCUGGUGAAACAGGAACCUGAGGCGAAGAUACAGCUGCAGGUCCAAACUCCUCCAGGAGGUGGCGACAUCAAGCCAGUCAACCUGCUGCAAAACCAGCAGAUACCUGGAGGACUGCAGCAGACGCUGACAGUGACGCCGGUCCUCACCACAAAGACGCUACCUCUGGUGCUGAAAGCUGCCACCACGCCCACCCUGUCUGGCACCGUCCUGUCGCAGCGCCCGCCUACUCUCGCUAUGGUAACCACAGCUAUCUCCAAACCUGACUCCCAGAACACUCCCAUCAACCUGCAGGUGGCCAGCAAGCUGACCAAUCAGUGCUCAGAGCCUGUGCGACUGGUGUCCAAGAACGCCAUUGUGGUCAGGCCCAAACCGGCCACACCCCUCAACAUCCCCAUUGCCCCGGCCCCUCCCCCACCUAUGAUGGCGGCCCCCCAGCUGCUCCAGCGGCCAGUCAUGUUGGCCACCAAGCUGUCGUCCUCGCUGUCCUCUGCGGCUCCCAUCCACCAGGUCCGCAUAGUGAACGGGCAGCCCUGCAGUAAAACCGGCUCCACUCCACUGACGGGCAUCAUCAUCACAACACCCGUCUCCGCCACACCCACCCGCCUCACCAGCCCUGCCCAGACACCCACCCCUGUCCCUACCCCGACUCCUGCUAAGCCGAUCCAGAUCACCAGCCUGACAACCGAACCCAUGCAGACUGUUAAAUCAGGAGGUGGAGCGGAGCAGAGGGUCGUCGUCAGCCUCCCCUCCUCUUCCUCCACACCUUCGUCAUCUCCAGCUCCCAGACCCAAGAGAGAGGAGAACCCAGAGAAACUGGCCUUCAUGGUGUCUCUGGGGCUCGUAACACACGACCACCUGGAAGAAAUUCAGAGCAAAAGACAGGAGCGAAAGAGAAGGACGACGGCCAACCCGGUGUACAGCGGCGCCGUGUUCGAACCUGAGAGGAAAAAGAGCGCAGUGAGUUACCUGAACAGUCCUCUGCACCAGGGGACCAGAAAGAGAGGUCGCCCACCCAAAUACAGCAGCGUCCCGGAGCUGGGCAGCCUCACUCCGACCUCCCCCUCCAGCCCCGUCCAUCCCCUCCCCCUGCCCAGCCCCAGCUCUGGGGAUGGAGACAUCCAUGAGGAUUUCUGCACUGUGUGCAGACGCAGUGGCCAGUUGCUCAUGUGCGACACGUGUUCUCGUGUUUAUCACCUGGACUGCCUGGAUCCACCCCUGAAAACCAUUCCUAAAGGCAUGUGGAUCUGUCCAAAAUGCCAAGAUCAGAUCCUGAAAAAAGAAGAAGCCAUUCCCUGGCCUGGAACUCUGGCUAUUGUUCAUUCCUACAUCGCUUACAAAGAAGCUAAAGAAGAGGAGAAACUGAAACUGAUGAAGUGGAGUUCUGAACUGAAAGUGGAGCGGGAGCAGCUGGAACAGAGAGUCAAACUGCUCAGCAACUCCAUAACGGUAAGAGAGACGUUAAACAGAGCAGCAACUCAAAGACCAGAGUGGUCCACUGACUCUGUUCCAACAGGCGCUUCUGUUCUAGACGUUCAUUUAAAAUAAACCGAUUUACUGAGC